AGAUGUGUCAUUUAAUUUUGAAAAUAUGUAAAAACUAUAGAAUAUAACCAAUAGCAGCAAAUAAUUUGAUUGUUACAAGUUAAAUAAAGUGGUUUAUUGAUCUCAAUUUUUGCUUAAUUUAUUUCUCUAUUUACAAAUUUGUCGUUUUUUUAAAAUGCCGACAAUAUCAGUGAAACGGGAUACACUUUUUACGGCUUUAGGAAAAACUUAUACUGAUGAAGAAUUUCAAGAUUUGUGUUUUGAAUUUGGUCUUGAGUUGGAUGAGGUUACCACAGAGAAACAGAUGCUAAUAAAAGAGCAAGGAGACCACGCUGGCUCUGGAGUCUCCGAGGAGAUAUUGUAUCGUAUAGACAUUCCUGCAAAUAGAUAUGACCUACUCUGUCUGGAGGGACUUGUCAAUGGCAUACUAGUUUUUCAGGGAAAGAAAGAUCCACCUUCAUACAAACUGAAUAAAUAUGAAGACAUAUACUCUUUACAUUUGACACCAGCAACUGCUCAAAUAAGACCAUAUGCAGUUGCAGCUGUACUCAAAGGGAUUUCUUUUACGAAGGAGAGCUAUAACAGUUUCAUUGACUUGCAGGAUAAAUUGCAUCAGAACAUCUGCAGAAAGAGGAGCCUGGUUGCUAUAGGUACUCAUGACUUAGAUACCAUCCACGGUCCAUUUGUAUAUGAUGCUUUACCACCAAAUGAGAUCAAAUUCAAGGCGCUUAACCAGACCACAGAAAUGACUGCACCAGAACUUGUGGAACUGUAUCUGACGCACCCCCAGUUAAAACAAUACUUAGGAAUCAUCAGAGACAGCCCUGUGUACCCUGUGAUCAAGGAUAAGAAUGGCGUGGUACUUUCAAUGCCACCAAUCAUCAAUGGCGAUCACUCCAAAAUCACAUUAGACACAAAGAACGUGUUUAUUGAAUGUACAGCUACAGAUAUUACUAAGGCAAUAGUAGUUCUUGAUACAAUAGUAUGCAUGUUCUCUGAAUACUGCUCCGGCAAAUAUGAAGUUCAGCAAUGCAAAGUGUUUGGUCCCGACGGCACUUACGAACUGUACCCUCAGAUGCAGUAUAGAGAUGAACUAAUCAAUGUUGAGAAGGCCAACAACUAUAUUGGCAUCAGGGAAAACGGCGGUAAUCUAGCUGCACUUCUCUCCCGGAUGUGUCUGACCACGACGCACGAGGAUACCGUGUUACGUGUGCGGGUUCCGCCUACGAGGCACGACGUCAUACACGCGUGCGAUCUGUACGAAGACAUUGCCAUCGCUUAUGGAUACAAUCGCAUAGAGCGGCGUCCGUGCCAAGUAGUGACGACUGGCGGCCAAGUUCCUCUUAACAAGGUCACAGAACAGUUGCGGCAAGAGUGCGCGCACGCAGGGUUCACUGAAGCGCUGACCUUCACACUCUGUUCCCGAGAAGACGUAGCAUCAAAACUGGGUGUCAGCAUUGAAGGAGUUCCCGCAGUACACAUCUCCAACCCCAAGACCCUAGAGUUCCAAGUGGUGAGGACCCUCCUACUGCCUGGCCUGCUGAAGACCCUUGCUGCUAAUAAAAAGAUGCCGCUGCCAUUGAAACUGUUUGAAAUUAGUGAUGUCGUGGUGCAAGACGAGAAAGCAGAGACUGGAGCACGCAACGAGCGUAGACUAUGCGCUGUGUAUUGCGGCAAGGCGGCUGGUUUCCAGUUCGUGCACGGACUUUUAGACCGCGUGAUGGCGCUGUUGAGACAGCCGUGGGACAUGAAGACCGGGUACUGCUUGCGGCAAUGCGAUGAUGCUGGAUAUUUCCCGGGCCGCUGUGCCGAAGUGGUACUCCGCGGUGAGGUCAUUGGCAAAGUGGGAGUGGUCCAUCCAAAUGUCUUAACCGCUUUCGACCUCACAAAUCCUUGCUCCACCGUAGAAAUCAAUAUUGAACCUCUUUUGUAACUUACAACUUAAUCUAAUAGGCACGAUGACAGUUAACAUAAAAGAGCUAAAAUAUUAUAUUUAUCUUAUGAUAUAUUAUGCACGUAUAAUGAACAACGUACUUUUAUUUAUAUUCCAAGUAAGAUUGGUAUUUAUUUUCAAGAAAUAAAACUGCAAAAUCUAGCAAUCCGCCAUGACAGGGUGAUGACGCCGUAGCAACCCCUCAGGUAUCGGCAAGUGUCCUUCCGAAUAAUGAAAAAUAAAAUGCUUUAACUUCGAAGAAGAAAAAGUUGCUAGGUUUUUUGUUAUCAAUACCAAAUCAAUCAUCUUUAUCUACAGAAAAAGCACUUAAGCUCAUAUUUGCCUAAGACGUAACGAGUACGGCCAUGACACCCAACGAGCGUUUUUGUGGGAAAUAAUUUUUUUAAAUAUGAUUUGCAAUUUAUAUUAAAAAAAACUUUUAAUUUCUGCAAAAAUACGAUAUUUUUAAGAGGUCAAAAUAAGUCAUCAUGCCUAUUAUUGACUGUUAUUUCUUGUAAUGUUCCAAUAAACAAGAUUUUAAUAUU